AUGUCAUCUAACCUCCCACCGUCUGAAGAGGCAGUUGUUGAACUUGAUGUCUCAGAGGUGCAAUCACCAGCAGUUGCAGCCGCCCCUACAGGAACUACUACUGAGGCAGCAAUUGUAGUAGAUAGAACUCCUACUAAGGUUCAACGUACUGAAAUAAAUGUUGAUGGAGUUCCCGAGAAUAAAGUUUUCAUUGGCUGCAUACCGCAGACUGUAUCGGAUGAGAGAUUGAAGAGAGAACUCAGGGGCAUCGGAUCCUCUACAGAGGAAAGGAGUCAACCAAGGAAGAUCCUUGGGUUGUGUUAUGUUCGGGAUGGUCAACAAUCAGAUCGUGGUGUCGCCUUUGUGACCUUCUCUAGUAAGGAAGAGGCUGAGGAAUGUGUUAAUGAGAUGAACGGCAAGUUCGUUUUCAAGAAUGCCAAUAGACCUGUUCAUGCAAAGUUGACCUGUGAAAAACUGCAUGAGAAUCUCUCUGGUACAGUAUUCGACAGGUCCCCCAGUAUAUAUGGCAAAAAGUUACCCCAUACUCAUUGGACUGAGUAUACUGCUGAUGAUACUGGAUUGGUAUAUUACAAUAAUGAUACUACUGGCGAAAGUGUAUGGGAGAAGCCAGAGUGUCUUGCUGAAGCUGAAGAAGAUCUUCCACCCGAGCCAUCACCUACUGACACAACACCUGAGGAUGGUGGUGACGAAGAGAUUCAGUGUGAUUGA